AUGGAAGACGAAGCGGGAGGGCUUUUCGACAUCGAAAUCAGUUCUGAUGAAUCAGUCGAUGAAUCAGACAAAGUCCCUCGAGACUUCCAGUCUGAGGCGGACUUCGAAAAGCAGAGGCAGGAAUGGAAGCCAAAGAAUGAACUAGGAGAAAUUUGGAAGACGCUCAAGCUUCCUGUAGAUAACCCCUCGAAACCGGAGUCUCAGACAAUCCUACAUGCUAUUGAAGAAUUGUACUUCUUCGGGAGAUAUAAAGAGGCAGGGGAGGUUGCGGAUGAGGUGCUGAAGGGGAAGCUUAAUGAGGAUUUCAGGAAGACAGUCAACGACUAUAAGGGCCGUUGCGAGGCUAGAUCUAUAAAGCCUGCGGACAAAGAGGACAUUGAUACCAGUCAGUGA